AUGCAGGCUACAGAAUUUAUAUUCCUUUUGCUGAUGCCCAUAGUUAUCUGUAGUGAAUUCAAAGGCGGAACUAUUUCUUGGAGGCCUACAUCCUCACCGCAACAGAUAGAAAUUUCCUAUCGUAUGGUUUGGAGUCGUUCGAAUAUUGGAGCCAGUUGUGACGACAGCAAAAUAUCUUCCCAAGGACUGAUAACAGUUGAUGGUAACCUCUAUUGCAGGAUGGGCUGCGACAAGCAGAUCAGCUCAAUGCAUGGGAAAUGUAUUGCUUACAGUUCCAGGGAAGACUGGUCCUUAGGAGAAGGGUCCUUCAUGUUUACCCUUCCUACUCCGGAGAUCAACUAUGUAUUUAGGAUGGAGCAGUGUUGUUGGCAGACUUUGGCUACUGGUGUUCCAUCAAAGGAUAUAAGAAUGACAAUGACAGUUAACACAGCACCGAGGACCGACACAGGGGUCCUCAACUCCUCCCCUGUUGUUACCAUGGCGCCAAUAAUUCGGCUCCUCAAUAAUUGUCCACAUACAUUCAGAAUUCCAGUACUCGAUCCUGAUGGGGAUAUUGUCCGCUGUCGUUUUCCCAACAAAAGCAACACAGAUGAAUGUGGGUAUCUUUGUAAUGGACUUUUGGAAACUGCAAUAGAUAACUUAAAGGACACAUGCAUGUUUUCUUAUAACCCGACCAAAACCGGAACUUUUGGUGUCCACGUACAAAUCGAAGACUUUUCGACCAGGCCUGCGGCAGCUGUCCUCAGCUCGGUUCCACUUCAGUUUUUGAUAGAAGUGUUUGACGACGACCUACUGACGUGUACUGACGCUCCUGUCUUUGUUGCUCCUACUCCUAUGGAUGGCAGUUGUUACGUAGUUUCUAAUACGUUCACAAAGGUGCUUGUGGCCAGGACUGCAAGUGCCUCUCAGACGAUAACAAAAAUAUCCACAAUUGGACCGGUAGGGACUACGAAGACCAGUCUGUCCCGCUAUGGUAGUUCUGGUAGAGAAUGGUCAAUAACAGUCACUUGGACACCAACACAGAGCCAACAUGGCCUUCAUCAGCUUUGUUUCAGUGCAGAAGUUAAUAAUAAAUUAACUUCAAGCAUGAACUGUGUUGAACUUCUGAAAGGAACCCCACCCGCAGUAGAGCUCGUUAAAGGAUGCUUAACGCCUUUUGGUAAAACUUGGGAUAAAAUCACUACUACGUUAAAGAUGUGCUUUAACAGAAAGUUUGUUCGACCAAAAACAGACAAGUUUCUUACAAUACAUCAUACCAAUGGAACCGUGGUACACAGACUGAAUCUGGCGGAUCCAGCAGUGGCCUCCUUCCCGGACUCAGGCGGGAGGGAAGUCACCAUCACAUUAAAGGGAGCACCUGAGUCCAGUAAUUUACCUGCUGGAGAAUACUAUGUUCUCGUGGAGUCAGGAGCAGUUGCGGCGGACUCUUUGAGCUGUACCACAGACUGGUCUGGAAUCGCACAGCCUUUCUUCUGGAAUUUUACUGUCGUUCACUGGGAGACAGCAGCUGGGUCUGUUCCUUUUGACCCUGGUUUUAACCCUGAAUUUGACCCUGGUUUCUUUGAUGUGGAACCGCCAACUCUCACUUUUACCUCUAAUCCUUCGGAGACCAAAGGCAACGCCUCUAUCACGUGGAGUGUCAGCGAACCUCUUGCAGUUUCCUCCUGUGCCAUUACAUAUCCAAACAAAACCGAGUCAGAUGAACUAUGCUUUGGUCAGUGGGAGUUACAGGACUUACCCCCUGGUCCGUAUCAGAUCAGCAUCACCUUAGUGGAUCAGGCUGGUCUUCAAGGAGGACCCUUUCUUCACAUUUGGACUAACAUUGACGUUACACCUCCAACACUUACUUUUAGGCGGAAACCAAGAAGGUCUCUCAGCAAAGCUAACAUCACAUGGGUCACUAGCGAGGUCGCUACUGGGGUUUGUGAGAUUUCAGGUCCCUCCUUCUACCGCUCAGUGGUCUGUGAUCAAGCUUGGAGCGAGGACUAUCUACCACAAGGAAACUUUGUCCUGAAAGUCCUAAUCUAUGACGAGUCUUUAAACAUGGCAGGCCCUUUCCAACAUACGUGGUAUAACAGGGACGUUAAACCCCCAGAAUUGAAGUUUACAAAUACACCAAACUGUCAUAAAUCAACGGAUAAUGCAACGAUUACGUGGACAUUCAACGAAUUUGCUAUCGCAACGUGCAUUAUCGAAACAUCAUUUGAACGUCAGAUACUUCCUAGCUGUAACGGUAGUUGGACCGGGACUUUUUUGCCAGAGGGAAAUGUAACGUUAGAGAUUUCAGCAAGGGAUAAUGCAAGAAAUUCCGCCCCAAAUUACAAAUACACGUGGUACAACAAGGACGCCACUCCCCCUGCUCUUACCUUUACACAAAGCAGUCUCCUUACAAUAAAUGACGCAAAAAUCACUUGGUAUGUCAAUGAGCCAGUAUCUGCAACGUGUACAUUAACCACGCCCGACAACGAAAAGAAGGAGUUCUUGUGUAAUUCUGGUACCUGGUCUGGUAGCAGUUUGCAGGGAGGAACUCACAAACUCAGCAUUCGUGUAGUGGAUCUAGGGAACAACACAGCUGGACCUUUUAUACAUAGCUGGCAAAAUGUUGAUACUAUCCGACCAAGGCUGGCAUUUUCUAAAGAACCUUCUAGAACCUACAGUAAUGCCACAAUAACCUGGACUGUCACAGAACCUGUAAAGGCCAGCUGCGUCGUGAGUGGUCCCUCCAACUUCUACCGAAAACUGUCAUGUGAUGGAGAAUGGAGGGGCGUGUUACUUCCGCCAGGAUCGUUUAAACUCGUGAUCACGGUCACAGACUCUUCAGGAAACUUUGGAGGGCCAUAUGUACACACAUGGAUUAAUGAGGAUGUGUCACCUCCCUCUCUCCAAUGGAUUGGUAUACCGCCAUUAACAACUGCCGGAAGUAUGAUGCUGUCCUGGACAACAAACGAGGAAGUGACGUCAGUUUGUUCGGUUCGGUCUCCGGUACAGUCGAAAGAGGUGUCUUGUAAUAACAAAUGGGUCGGAACAGAACUUCGGAAUGGAGAGUAUUCUCUAACGGUCAAUAUGGUGGACGGAUCCGGAAAUAAAGCACAAGCUGUACAUCGGUGGAUUAACAUUGUUAAGGAGUUAGUGUAUGAAAUCAUGUUAACCUUGUCCAAUGUUAACGUGGAUGAUGUUGCCAACAAGGCAUCACCAGAGUAUACUAAAUUACUGGCGGAGAGUCAAUUGGCGUUAGAAAACUUCUACAGAUCAAAAGUCAACAAUUUCAAAGCCAUUCAUAUUAGAGACAUUAUCGUAAUAGCAAAAGCAUCUAGAAGAAAACGCAGCACCCACUCUUUGACCGACAUCUCUGUAGAACACGACGUGGUGAUAGAUGGGGACAAUAAAACUGCGGGUACAGCUGCACUCUCCAAGACACUGUCCACCCUGUCCAGAGGGGGAGCCUCUAUAACUAUCGGAGGGUCAACCACGUCAUUUUCUAACAUUAUCCUAAUGACCAACGACAGAACGGGGAAUGUGACUUUUACGCAACAAACUAGUGCCUGCGAAAUAGUCCAGUUAUAUGUUACGUGUUCUGUAAGGGAGUACUGCGAUGAAGAUCUUGGAAUGUGUGUAACCAACGUCGCUAGACAAGAUAAUAACGGCAUGAUAUUAAGCAUCGGACUCGGCGUGUCGGCGGCUGUCGUUUUUAUUCUGGUAACAGUCAUCAUCAGCCUCUUUUAUCUACGCAAGAAACAAGAAAAGGAAAGGGCCAGAAAGAAAAUGGCAAAUGAAAAGAAAAUUAAGUUUGAUCAAUCAAUAGCAGCAUUUGCAUACACUCCUCAAAUAAUCCACAAACCUUUCAAGUACUGGAAAUGAAACGUUCACAUGGUAUCCGUUCUAACAGUUAACAUCCCUUGUGGUCUUGUUUUCCUUUACCUCAUCGUAUGCGAAUUAAU